AAAUUUAAAACUUAUUUGGAGUGGGGACGCGUCUAUGAUAAAUACAAGGAAGGAUGAAGUGAGAGUUAAAGGAAAGCAAGAUUUAAAAAAAAAAAAAAAAAAAAAAAAACAAAGAAAAAUGGUGAUAAAAAGGAUAGAGCUGUGUAUAGAGCUAAUGAAGAUAGGUAUGGAGUUUGUGGUGGUGGUGGCUGAAGCCGUCCAGAUUGUUAUGCGGCAGCACCUCAACCACCGUGCUCCACCUCCUCCGCCUCUCCUCCGCCAUGGCCUCCUCCCUUACACCGCUUCUUACCCUUCUCCGUUCCUCUUUGGAUUUCUCCCUUGAAAACCUUUUCUUGCUAUGAAAAUUAUUCUGCUUCUUUUUGUUCUCUGUGUAGAUAUUUUAGAUGUUGUUCGUGUUGAUUCUUGUAACUCUGUAUAUUUCUUAAUUCUCUAUUGAUUUUUAGUUCGUUCUUUUUUUGUCAAAGUUUUUUAGUUCGUUCUUGAUGUUCAUUUCUUUGGAUUAUCUUCUAGCCAUACAA